AUGCUAAAACUGUGUGAACAACUAAUCAAGGAAGGCAAAGCAUAUGUUGAUAACACAGACAUGGAAACUAUUCGUGUACAGAGGGAAGCACGCCAAAUGUCUGCUUGUAGAGAUAAUUCUAUCGAACAAAAUUUGGCUUGGUGGGAAGAAAUGAAAAAGGGAACGGAACAAGGACUAAAAUGUUGUGUACGUGCUAAAAUUGAUAUGUCUUCUAAUAACGGUGCUUUACGUGAUCCUACAAUAUAUCGUUGUAAAAUAGAACCCCAUGUUCGGACAGGUUCUAAAUAUAAAGUGUAUCCGUUGUAUGAUUUUGCUUGCCCAAUAGUGGAUAGUAUUGAAGGCGUAACCCACGCUUUACGAACAUCUGAAUAUAAUGAUAGAAAUGAACAGUAUGCAUGGAUAUGUAAAAGUUUAGGUCUACGUUGUCCAAUUGUGAUCGACUACAGUCGUCUUGCUCUACAAAAUACAGUCCUGUCAAAACGUAAACUCGCAUGGUUUGUAGAAGAAGGAAUUGUUGAUGGAUGGGAUGAUCCAAGAAUGCCUACAGUUUCUGGUAUUCUUCGUCGUGGUAUGACCGCUGAAGGAUUACGUCAAUUUAUUUUGGCCCAAGGGUCUAGUCGAUCUUCUGCUUUGAUGGAAUGGGAUAAAAUCUGGUCAUUUAAUAAGAAAAUAAUUGAGCCUGUAGCGCCAAGAACUACUGCUCUCUUACUGGACUCUUCAUAUAUGGGUCAUAAUGGUACACCUCCUGGUCUAGUUCGUGUUCAUGUUCAUGGCCAAACCGGCUAUACUGAGAAAAAGGUACAAAUCCACCCGAAAAACGAAUCACUUGGAUACCGUUCAAUCUUACUUGGUCCAGAAGUGUUUGUUGAGCAAGCGGAUGCAUUAUGUUUUAAAAAAGGUGAGAAUGUAACCUUCAUCAAUUGGGGUAAUCUUCGGAUAAUGGAUAUACAUAAACAAGGUCAAUUAAUAGUAUCCAUUGAUGCUUGCCUUAAUUUGGAAGAUACUGAUUACAAGAAAACACUCAAAAUCACUUGGCUAACAGAUCCUAAAGAUUCUCACCUUCCAUUAUUCCACAAAGAUGAUGACUUCAAAUUAUAUGUUAAUAAAUAUUCAAAAAAAGAACAAUGCUUACUUGGUGAUCCUGACUUGUGUCAUGUUAAAAAAGGUGACAUCAUACAGAUUCAACGUCGUGGUUUCUACAUUUGCGAUGCACCAUAUGAAUCAGCUUGCUUAGCUACUGGCCACGAAUCGCCUUGUGUUUUAAUUAACAUUCCGGAUGGUUCAUCUAAGGACGAUACUACUGUUAUUAACUCUAAAGUUGAGUCAUCAAAGUCAGGAUCUGUCAAAACCAAUAAAACUGUUAAAAUUGAAAAUCUGACACCGAAGAAGCAGCUAAAGCAGCUGAACAACAACGUCGAAAAGAAGAAAAGAAAGAAGCAAGGAAAGAGGUGUGAACAAUCGAUACCAGCAUCUUCAAAAGUAGUCGUCAAAAAUGAAAAAGAAGAAAAGCCAUUAUUGAAAAAGUCUGGAACUAAAAAACAAUCUAAGUUAGCUAUCGAAGCAUCAAAGGAAACUGAUUUCUCUGAUUGGUACUCCGAACUGAUUAUAAAAUCCGAAUUAUUAGACUAUUAUGAUAUCAGUGGAUGUUAUAUUCUCCGUCCAUGGGCUUAUCAUAUGUGGCAGUCUAUUCAACGUUUUAUGGACGAAAAACUCAAAGUGAUGGGUAUAGAAAAUGCUUAUUUCCCAAUGUUUGUCUCUAAAUCAGCGUUGGAACGUGAAAAGAACCAUGUGACUGAUUUCGCGCCUGAAGUGGCUUGGGUGACAAAAUCAGGUGAUACAGAUCUAACAGAACCAAUCGCUAUUCGACCAACCAGUGAAACAAUUAUGUAUCCAAUAUUUGCUAAAUGGAUCCAAUCUCAUCGAGAUUUACCACUUCGUAUAAAUCAGUGGAGUAAUGUUGUCCGGUGGGAAUUUAAACAUCCACAACCUUUUCUACGUACACGUGAAUUCCUUUGGCAAGAAGGACAUACCGCUUUUGCAGAAAAAGCCGAUGCAGAAGCAGAGGUUCGUGUAAUAUUGGAUCUAUAUGCUGAAGUUUACGAAUAUUUACUUGCAGUUCCUGUGGUCAAAGGGCGUAAAACUGAACGUGAAAAAUUCGCCGGUGCAGACUAUACAACAACUGUGGAAAUUUAUAUUGCUGGAAAUGGACGUGCAAUUCAAGGUGCUACAUCACAUCAUUUAGGUCAGAACUUUAGUCGUAUGUUUGAUGUGACAUACGAUCAUCCAGUGACUGGUAAACCUGCCUACGUCUAUCAGAAUUCUUGGGGUCUUACCACUCGUACACUAGGUGUUUUAAUUAUGGUACACAGUGAUGACAAAGGUCUUGUAUUACCACCGAGGGUCGCACCAUAUCAGAUUGUUAUUGUUCCCUGUGGCAUUACUGCAAAGACAACUGUGCAGGAGAGAGAAACUCUCUUGUCCGCUGCUCAUUCUAUAUUCGAAUUACUAAAUAAGUCUAAACAAUUUCGUGUAUACUGUGAUGAUCGUGAUAAUGUAUCACCUGGAUGGAAAUUUAAUCACUGGGAAUUAAAAGGAGUUCCUAUUCGCUUAGAAAUUGGUCCACAAGAAGUCGCUGAUAAAAAAGUUUGUUUAGUCCUUCGACAUAAUGGUGAAAGAGUAAAUGUACCAAUGGGUUCCCUUAUUAAUGAACUUCCUCGUAUCCUUGAUGAUAUUCAUAGUGCAAUGUUUAACAAAGCGACAAAAUCAUUAGCUAGUCAUGUUAUGCCUGUGAAUAAUAUGAAUGAAUUAUGUACAGCUUUGGAUCAAAAGUCGCUUGCUUUAGCUCCAUUUUGCUGUGAUAGAGAUUGUGAAGAGGUGAUUAAACAUGAAUCAGCCAGAAAUGUCAUUGUUGAACCUGGCGCACCAGCUAUGGGCGCAAAAAGUUUAUGCAUCCCGUUCGCUUGUGAUUUCAAUCCAACAUUGGUUUGUGGUAGUCCCGUUCCUGAUACACCAUGUUUCAAUCGCCAACAUUGUUCUCGUAAAGCAGUUUCUUAUACAUUGUUCGGUAGAAGUUACUAA